AUGACGAUGAAGUCCACCGGAGAAGAAGCUACUGGUCAAAAGGCAGUUUCAUCGAUUUCAAUCGAAAUCAAGACUCCAAAGCGUACGACUUCCAUCCAGCGUCGAAAUUCAUACCCACGAAAGAAAGAGGAUGUGACGUCUUCUAGGGUUCAAGAAACGCUUGAAGAUAAAAGAACUGUUUACAAGAACAAAUUUUCUUUAGAUAGAGAAUUUAAUGAUCAAAGUGUGCUUCAUAAUGUCGCCUCCACCGCUGAUCUUGUCAAAACCCGAAAACCACCCUUAUCCAAUAAACUCAAGAUAAAGCUACCAUGUCGACAAGAAAGAAGAGAUUAUCACGAGGGUCGUGUUCAUGGUGAUCAUGUCGAAUCGAAACGCAAGCUUGUAUCACCUAACAGUACCCCCAUCGGAAGCGAAGGUGGCCGAUCUGAGAAGGUGGCCGAUCGGACAAGUUCUUUAUCUGGGCGGAAUGUAAAAGGUGGCCGGAGAGGGCGUUCGGCAUUACGAGUACCGGUGGCGAAGGCGGAGGUGCGGGAAUAUGAUGAAGAUAUGAUAAAAGCUGCUGAAACUCUCCUGAUGAUGCGCCGUGAUCGUCGUUAUAUGGCGGAAUCAAUCGGUCGCAAUAGUAAGUGCCUCGGUUUUGAUCUGAACGAGCCUCCGAUCUAA